AUGCGUUACAAAAUCUCGCUUCAUACCGUUUCCGGCGUUAUUUCGGCACGAUAAUGUCACGGCAAAUAAAUUGGGAAGAGGCCAGAGAUGCUUUGAGGAAAAUACGCGAGGAGCAAAUUAGAGAUGGUGCUAGAGUUGUACGACUGUGGAAGCAGGUGUUGGCUAACUGUGCCCAUAAAUUAGGAGAUGAGGUCUGGACAGUUCAAGAACAAGUUACUGUUGCAGCUCUGGACUGUCAGAAUUUUGAUAUGGCCAAUGAAUGUAUUACAUCAUUAAACAGGAAAUUCCCAAAUUCAAUGAGAGUGAGACGGUUGUUUGGAAUGUACUUUGAAGCAUUAGGAAGGUAUGAGAAAGCAACUGAACAGUAUGAGAAAAUUCUGGAAGAAGACAGUACUAAUAUGUUUGCCAGAAAGCGACAAAUUGCCAUAUUGAAAGAGAAGAAUGAUGUUUUAGGUGCAAUAGAAUCUCUCAAUAAAUAUUUAGAAAUGUUUAUGACAGAUUUUGAUGCGUGGAUGGAGUUAUGUGACCUGUAUUUACUGUUCCAGGACUAUAACAAGGCAGCUUUCUGUAUGGAGGAACUCAUCAUGUCAAAUCCACAUAACCAUCUUUAUCAUCAAAAAUUUGCAGAGAUUAAAUACACACAAGGUGGGUCAGAGAACCUGGAGACUGCCAGAUCUUAUUUUGCUCAGGCGUGUAAAUUGAACCCAAAUAACAUGCGAGCGCAGUUUGGUCUGCUUUUGACGGCCAGUAACCUAGCAACAGGGCAUUCUAAAAACCAGAAAGAGAAGAAUAGUAACAGUAAAUAUGCUGUUUGGGCUGCAGAACAAAUCAUAGAUAAAUACCAGACCACACAGACAGAGGAACAGCUUAAAGAUACAAAAGUUUUGGACUUGAUAAAAAAGAUGCAAGAAAAUUUAGUACCCCAGUCAGAAACUUGAUGCCAACUUUUACACCAUCUAGGAUCAUAAUUUUUAGCUAUUGUGUUCAUUGCAAAAGUGCAGGUGCAUUUAGAGUACAUACAGAAGAUGGAUUCCUAUUUAUAUAUGCAUAUUGUGAAAUCAUUCAAUUUAAUUAGCAUAAAGUUUCAUUGUUUCAACCACAACUGCCUUCAGCAGCCCCUUUAUGUCAUUCUCUUGGAAGGCUGCUUAACCUUUAGCUUGCUAUGUUUCUAAAGUGGACUGGUCCAUCAUUCAAUUUGGGCAAUACCAUUUAUUUAUUGAAGGGUUGUUCAUUGAAAAUUUACUGACUGAAUUGCGAAAAGUGCAGACCAUGAUCAACCUGCACGGAUGUGCCCCGCCAGCAGGCUAAAGGUCAAUGCAGGUUUGAUAGUGAAUCAGUCCAGAAUUUAUGUGAACAGGAAAGAAGGAUUAAAAUCAUGAAGUGUUUCCAAAGAAUAAGUUGCAGUGUAUGUAUGCUUGGAUUGGAGUAGAUGCAAAAAAUGAGAGAUUUCUUUAAGAAGAGAUGUUAUAUUGUGUUCAUUCUUUUAAGUCUUUGUAUAUACAUUUAUGUUGCUGUUUUGGUGUUUUUGAUUUUAUAAAUCAAUAGGUAAUAAAACAGAAUGUUAGAGAAACAUUUACUUAUAUAAAGUUAAUACUGGCCUUUGUGUUGUCUUCAAAAAAAAAAAAAAGUAGGAAAAACUUGAAAUUAACAUUUCUGAAAUAAGAUUACUGAAAGGUAAUUAAAGUGGUUGUCUUGAAUAAGUGUUUCACAAGCUUACUUGGUGAAAGGUAUAGAAUACUGUGAAGUUGUUAAUUUUUGGAGGGGACUAAUUUUCGUGAUUGAGUUAAUAGGGGAAAUUCAGUCUAAACAAAUCAGUAAAAUUUCCACUUCUUUUAUAAACAAGGGUCAAAAUUCAUGAAUUUAGAUUUCCACAAAAUAGAUGUUUUUGCCAAGACCACUUAAUUCCAUACUCACAAUAGCAACCUGCUGAUGAGCCAAUAAUACCAUUAAAAUUAACAGUAAAAACCAUAAGUGGUUGGUUUAUAUUUGAGUCACGUCAUGAGAAAACCAACAUAAGUGUGUUUGCGACCAGCAUGGAUCCAGACCAGCCUGCGCAUCCGCGCAGUCUGGUCAGGAUCCAUGCUGUUCGCUUUCAAAGCCUAUUGCAAUUAGAGAAACUGUCAGCAAACAGCAUGAAUCCUUGCCAGACUGCGCGGAUGAGCAGGCUGAUCUGGAUCCAUGCUUGUCGCAAAACCACUAUAAUGUUGGUUUUCUUAUGGCGUGGCUCAUAUAUAACUAAAGCUAAUUGAAUAGGCUUUAAUUUCAUAUAAAUUUCAUGGAAUUCAAGAAAUUAAUAGUAUGAUUAAUUUUUUAUUAAAUCUGAUUUAUGAGUGCAAUAAACGGUCAUGAUCGGUAAGCAUGAUCGCAGACGUGGUUCCAGAGGGGUUAUUGCAUUGAUAUGCAAAUGCGAUAUAUUGCUUAAUUAUGAAUAUUAAUGAAGUAAUAUUAUACGAUCAGAAAUAAAGAAAGGGCAUUUAAAAGGUGGUAAUGCCUUUUCUUGUACUCCCAAUAAAUGGCUGCGUUACAAUUCCACAAAGUUCAUGUCAAUUGAAUAAUUGCCAAAAAACUACCAUGUAAAUAUUUUAGGCAUUUAUAUAAAUAAUUAGAUAAAUUUUUAAGCUUUACCAAAUUCAUUAAAAUCGACCUACCUGGUAUGUCUUUACUCUCGCAUCUUGAUUUAAAAAUACAAAGCAGUGCUUUUCAAGCACAUGACGAGCAGAUGAAAAGUCGCCCUUAUUGAUGUCCAAAAUGGCUGAAAUUUAUGAUGUUAAAAUUUAAUACAAAACUUAUCAAGAUUCGCAAGGAUCAAUUUUUGCUAGAUGUAGGUCCUCGCGAAUGUAGCGAAAAUGAAACUCUCGCGAAAAUUUCUGCUUUUACAGGAUAGAACUUUAUGCUAUCUUAAGUCCAGACAGAUUACGUCACAGCAGAUUUUGCUGUAUAAUACCAGAAAGACAAAAAAUUUAUUUCUCUUUCAUCAUUUUGCAUUAGGCAGAGUUUGUGGUAAUGUGUUCAAUGUAAAAUUAAGAUAAACCUUUUAAGAUGUUGACUUGUAUUUUUCCAUUUAUCAUUUGUAAACAGACUUUUACCAUAUUUAUUAUAUGUAAUAAAUUUGAAGCAUGAAAUAAU